UGUCUCCAAAGUCCACAGGCCCAAAACCCUAACGCGCUCUUCCGUCUCCUGCUGCUGCGCCUCCUCUACUGCUCUCUUCUUCAAUGGGACGGCGAAAGGGGGGGAACAAGGCGCUCGCUCCCUCCGGACAGAAGAGCACCCCGGACGCCGAUGGGAUGAACCUCGAUGGGGGGAAAGGGCAGGAGGAGGCGCCGGAGGUCGUGGCCAUCGAGGAGAAGGCCGAGAGCUCCAACCUCGAGGACUCGCCCUUAAUUGGCAGCGACAAGACUAGCGCCGACUACUACUUCGAUUCCUAUUCCCACUUCGGUAUCCAUGAAGAAAUGUUGAAAGAUGUUGUUAGGACGAAGACCUAUCAAAAUGUUAUUUAUCAGAAUAGCUUUCUUUUCAAGAACAAGGUCGUCCUUGACGUGGGUGCAGGAACAGGAAUUUUGUCUCUUUUUUGUGCAAAAGCAGGGGCAAAGCAUGUAUAUGCUGUGGAGUGCUCCCUUAUGGCUGACAUGGCAAAAGAAAUUGUUCAGACAAAUGGAUAUUCUAAUGUGAUAACAGUGCUAAAGGGGAAGGUAGAAGAGAUUGAACUUCCAGUGGCCCAUGUGGACGUGAUAAUCUCUGAGUGGAUGGGUUAUUUCCUACUUUUUGAGAACAUGCUAAACACAGUUCUUUAUGCACGUGAUAAGUGGCUUAACAACAAUGGGAUCGUCUUACCAGACAAAGCUUCAUUAUAUUUGACGGCGAUUGAGGAUGCUGAAUACAAAGAAGAUAAGAUCGAAUUCUGGAACAAUGUGUAUGGUUUUGACAUGAGCUGUAUCAAGAAACAGGCUAUGAUUGAACCACUUGUUGAUACAGUUGACCAGAAUCAAAUUGUUACCAAUUGCCAGUUACUCAAGACAAUGGAUAUUUCUAAAAUGGCACCGGGCGAUGUCUCCUUCAUGGCUCCUUUUAAACUAGUGGCAGAACGCAAUGACUACAUACAUGCUCUUGUGGCUUACUUUGAUGUUUCGUUCACCAAAUGCCACAAGCUGAUGGGCUUUUCUACUGGCCCGAGAUCGAAGGCCACCCACUGGAAACAAACUGUACUUUACCUUGAAGAUGUGCUGACGAUUUGUGAGGGAGAAGCAGUGGUCGGUAGCUUGACGGUGGAGCCCAAUGAGAGGAAUCCACGUGAUGUGGACAUAAUGCUCAAGUACUCAUUAAACGGACAGCACUGUCAAGUUUCUAGAACCCAACACUACAAAAUGCGGUGACCAUGACCAUGAUGCUUUUUUAUCUUUUCUUCUUCUUCUUCUUCUUUUUAUGUUGGCAAAGGCAAAGAGGUAAGGAAUGGUAUGGUUGAGCUGCCAUACUCACUCCCUCUGGGAGGGUUCUGAAUGUGGCCUAGGAACAAAGGGGUGAUGUGAAGUUUUGAUAUGCUAGUAACGACUAUAUGCUGAACUAUUUUUAGUAAUCUAUAUUGUUUGAGGGAAUUAAUCUGAA